AUGCCGCAUCGAACCACUUACUUCUUUCCUCGGCAAUUUCCGGAUACCCGUGAAUUCGAUUCGGGUUCCUCAAAGUUUUUCGUGGAUCACGAGAAGAGAUUGGCGUCUACAACAACAACUGUCAGGGAUCAUCAAGAUUGUUGUUGUGGCGGCAGCAAGUCAGACGGCCGUGAAAAUGCGACUGUCUCUUCCAAGGUUACAACUACGGCGUGUACAGUUGGCGGCGGCGGCGGUGAUGAAAUCCAAGGAGGGUUGACGGGGGACAAGAUUCAUGGGAAACAGCUGGCUGCUUUCGUGAGCUGGCUGGCGGAUAAGAAGAAGAAAGAAAUCAGUAUUGCCACUCCAAAGUAUGGUGACGUGAGGUGCAAAGUGGUUUCGGAUUUGAACGAUGAAGAUGAUGAACGUCAACUCUUGCUUCCGCCCCGCCCACCUGCGCCGCUGCCACCAGCGGAGGAGGCAGCAUCAUCCCCUGAGAUUAUCGAGGUUGAACAACAGCAACCUGAUUUUGACCGGCUGGUGCCGCCGUUUGUUGGUUUAGGCAGUUACGAGGAAUACAGUGGCGGGAAGGAGAGUGCUGUUAAUAGGGGUUUAGGGAGGCCCUCGUCAUUGGCCAGGUUGUCCAGUGUGGGGAGUACGAGCUAUGCUGGGAGCUUGUUUUCAGGCGGGACCACAAUUUAUGAUGGAAACUGGACCAGUAGCAGCGCCGGCGGGGUCAAGGAUUCGACCAAGACUAUGAGAACAGAAGAGGUUGAGGCCGAAGAGGCAAGGUGUGGUGGUGUUAAAGAUAGUGAGUUGCAGAAAUCCAAGGAGAGCUAUUGCUUGCAGCUGACGCUUGCGCAACGGAUCACCCAACAAGCCAUGCUUGCCUCCAGGAAUGAGUGCAGAGGUGCUGUUUCUUCUGAUGCGCUUACUGUCUCCUAUAGUCUCUGGGUCAAUGGUUCCUUGUCAUACAUGGAUAAGAUUUCAGAUGGCUUCUACAACAUUUUGGGAAUGAACCCAUAUCUUUGGGUUAUGUGCAAUGAGAUGGAGGAAGGUGCAAAGUUGCCGUCUCUAACUGCACUCAAGGCCAUUGAUCCCAUUGAUUCGUCUAUGGAGGUAGUUCUUGUCGACAGGCGUGGCGAUUCCCGGCUAAGAGAGUUGGAAGAUAAGGCUCAGGAGCUAUUUUUUGCUGCAGAAAAUGAUUUCAUGUUAGCAGAGGGACUUGGCAAACUUGUUGCCCUUCACAUGGGGGGCUCUUUUCCCACGGAGCAAGGUGAUCUCCACAUGCGAUGGACGUUUCUCAGCAAACAAUUAAAGGAUUUUCAAAGGUGCAUUGUUAUACCCAUUGGUAACUUGUCCAUGGGGCUUUGCAGACAUCGAGCUAUUCUAUUCAAGAAAUUGGCCGAUUAUGUAGGUUUGCCGUGCAGGAUAGCUCGAAGCUGCCGGUAUUGUGUUGCAGAUCAUCGAUCUUCCUGUGUCAUAAAAAUUUUGGAUGAUAGGAAGCUCUCAAGGGAAUUUGUAGUUGAUUUAGUUGGGGAACCAGGAAAUGUGCAAAGUGCAGAUUCGUCACUGAAUGGUGUGCUUUCAUCUGUGCCAUCGCCAUUUCAGAUCUCCCAUCUGAAAGAGUAUAAACAUCCUUGCUUUGAUGGCCAAAUACAAAGUUUGAAAACCAUAUCUGCUCCUCCUAGAACUUUCGGUGAGUCAGGCAGCGCGGGAGAAAUUAAUGGAGCAGAGGAUGCAAGCAUGCCUAAAAUGGUGAGGCAUGGAAUGUAUUCCAGAGCUGACCAAACAUCUGGGAGUGCAGUAGUUGCUGUUAAAGAUGCUGCUUCAGGGAUGAAGAUGGAUGAAUGCUCUAUAUCUGGUGGAGAAGAUGUUACUGCUAGUGAAAGAUACAAAGACCAGAUCACUGUUUCAGAUAAUUCAGUUACUUCUGCUCCCGGCAUGCCAGUGGCUAAGUUGAUUUUUCCUGCUAAACCAAGUUCGAUGGAGGUUGAGAACAGACUUGAAAGUCGCAGGAAGCCUGUUGCUGAAGGACAUUCAAGAUACUUGAAUAUUGAACCGUUACUUGCAAUGGAUUGGCUCGAGAUAUCUUGGGAUGAAUUGCAUAUUAAAGAACGUGUUGGUGCUGGUUCCUUUGGGACAGUACAUAGAGCUGAAUGGAAUGGAUCGGAUGUUGCGGUAAAAGUGCUAACAGUCCAAGAUUUUGAUGAUGAUCAGUUGAAAGAGUUCUUAAGGGAGGUUGCAAUUAUGAAACGUGUUCGUCAUCCCAAUGUUGUUCUCUUCAUGGGAGCUGUCACGAAACGUCCACAUCUAUCAAUAGUUACAGAAUAUUUACCAAGAGGAAGUCUGUAUCGCUUAAUCCACAGGCCAGCAUCAGGAGAAAUUUUAGAUCAAAGGCGGAGGCUGAGGAUGGCAUUGGAUGUGGCUAAAGGCAUCAACUAUCUUCAUUGUCUUAGCCCCCCUAUCGUUCACUGGGAUCUCAAAUCUCCAAAUCUCUUAGUUGAUAAAAAUUGGACCGUAAAGGUUUGUGACUUUGGCCUGUCAAGAUUUAAGGCAAACACAUUUAUCUCUUCAAAGUCUGUUGCAGGAACCCCUGAGUGGAUGGCACCUGAAUUCCUUCGGGGAGAACCCUCAAACGAAAAGUCUGAUGUAUAUAGUUUUGGAGUCAUCUUGUGGGAACUUGUGACUAUGCAACAGCCAUGGAAUGGACUUAGCCCUGCCCAGGUUGUUGGUGCCGUAGCUUUCCAGAAUAGAAGGCUUGUGAUUCCACCAACCACAUCUCCUGUUCUGACAUCUCUAAUGGAAUCAUGCUGGGCAGAUGAUCCUGCUCAGCGACCAUCCAUUAAGAGCAUCGUGGAUACGCUGAAGAAAAUAUUGAAGUCGCCCACACAGGUGAUUCAGAUGGGAGGGCCGUAAAGGGGACAUCUUUCAGUUUUUUCCCGUCAGGUUGCUAACUACAUAUAUUCAGCGACUGUCAGGUACAAGAUCUUGUAUCGUCAACGGUCAAGAAAAAAGAUUAGGAAUAGUUUGGCUAUUCUUGCUUGAUAGAAAUAGUUGAGCAAGGAAGCAAAUGAUAGGUAUAGUGCCAAUAACGGCAAAUGAUAUCUCUCAGCUAACAUGUGCCAUAUGAAUUGUGAAUAAUGAAGCCAUUCUCAUAAGUCCUGGGUUUUUGUUGGCUUGUUUUGUAGAGCCGAUUUUAAGGACACUGAAAUCAGGUCAGAAACUCGAUUCUUAAGUAUAUGGCUUUCAUUACAACUUCUAGUUAGAUCCCAUGCAAUUACGUCCAAUGCUUCUUUGUAGUACCGCUCGUGUGCGACCAUUUGCAUAGAGUGCAAACUUUUUUACAAAUUUUAUGUGCGCAAAUUAUCCUCCAAACAAACUUCCCAUAUCUACCCAUCCAUCUUCAAUAGUAU